CCCUCUCGCUGUUUGGGUGUCUCCCGUUCUCUUGUCUCAGAGUGUUUAUAUGAUAAUCUAUAACUGUAGCUCUGCCCUCUAUUUUCUCUGCAUCUAACUUGAAUCUCUGCAGGAUCUUCAUCAGGUCUCUAUGCAGAUAUGGGUGUUUGUUAUUCUGUUAGCAAGACUGGGGUCUACAUUCACUCCCCAGCCUGCCCCUUGCUCCUUCAACCCCAUGUGCCUCUGCAAGUUCAGAGAGCUGCCCAGGAACACACCACCUAAAAUGGAUGACAUCAACAACAUCAUCCAAGUGAGUUGUGUUGGCAUCCCCUUCUACAGGUUUCCAGAACUUCCCAUGAUUGAACUGGAAAAGUUGGACAUCAUGAGUUCUGGACUGGAUCAGCUGAAUGAAGAGUCACUCGGUGGAGUCAGGGUGGAAGUUAUUCAGCUCAUGGAUAACAGCAUUUUUAAUGUCAAUCAAAAAUCAUUCCAGAUGACUUCAGACAUGGUGAAAUCUAUAGACCUAAGCAACAACCAGCUUCAGGAGAUACCUCUGCAAGCUUUGCGUUAUAUAAAAAACCUGAACCAUCUCUACAUUCAGAGCAACCACGUAGAGCAUAUCAAAACCGAAUUCAGCUCCGAUUGGGGUCGAAUGCAGGAAUCUCUGCUGAGUCUGUACUUGCGAAACAACGGUCUGCGAGAGCUGCCCUCUGACGAGAUGUACUCCCUGUCGAGUCUGCGCAAGGUCAAGUGGCUGGACCUGGACGGCAACAAACUGAAGAGUGUGGAGCCAGGAUCCCUCCCUCCGACACUCGAGGUUCUCAGCCUCUCCAACAACUACCUCACCCGCUUCCCAGGCAAGGCCAUCGACCUCCUCCACCACCUUACCUCCCUUAGCCUAAAUGAUAACAACAUCGCCACCAUCGACUUCACAUUCACCAACAAAAAACGCUUGGACCAGUUGGAUCUCAGUGGAAACGGACUUACCAAUGUAGACAACUUGUUCAAUGGCACUCUGACUCUAGGAGGGAUCGGGCUGGAACACAACAAGUUGAUGAAUCUUUCAUUUCAGACCUUCAAAGGACUCAGUCUUCAGAGAGUCAAUCUAGACCAUAACAAACUCGAGUUCAUAGAUGAAAGAGCUUUUGCCGGGGUUUCAAACACUCUUGAGUUUAUCAGCUUACGGGGGAACAAUAUAAUGAAUGUUCCUAAAGCGUUUUCUCAGCUUAAAAAAAUCAAACACUUAGACAUAUCCUCGAAUGGCAUCAAAAGAAUUGAAGAGGACGCUUUCAGUACCUUUUUUGAUACUCUUCGAUAUCUACUUUUAUCCGGAAACCAUUUAACAGGAGUACCUACUAUUGCUUUAAAGGGAUUCACUAAACUAGCACAAUUAGAUCUGAGCUACAACUCGAUAGAAGCUAUCACAGUAGAUGACUUUAAAGGAUGGGGAAAAUCUAUAGAUACUCUGUUCCUUCAAAGCAACAAAUUGAGCUAUUUACCUGAGAAUGCUUUUGAGCACACCCCUCAGCUUCAAGAGUUAAAUUUGUCAUUUAACAACAUCAAAGAUAUACACACUACAGCAUUUUCUAAACUGGCUGAUAGUCUGUACAAGUUAGAUAUGAGUUUUAUGCAAACCAAAGAAUUCCCGGAGGAGGCUUUAAAACCUCUCACAUCAAUCACAAUACUGUUCUUAGAUAACAACGCUAUAACUGCGUUGCCCAAGACUGCUUUCUACAGUUUCGGCAAGCUACACUAUCUGGACUUGGAGCACAACAAACUCACGACUCUACCGGUCGGGCUAUUCCAUAGCAACGUACACAAACAACUCCACGACGUAUGGCUGUCGUACAACUUGAUAUCCACCAUCGAGACCAACAUGUUCACUUCUCUCAGUGAGCUACGCUCUGUUGCACUCACCGGAAACUACAUCAAAGUCAUCAAAACGUACACCUUCGUACAACUUCCCAACUUGAUCACAGUUUCCUUAUCAGAAAAUCAGAUUUCAGUCGUCUCUGAGCACGCAUUCAUCGACAUUCCUCGCAUCCUGAGACUUGAUUUACAGAACAACCUCAUGAGAGAGUUUUCUCUCAGCGUCUUCCAGAACGUAUCGACUAGUCAGUUCCCCAUGGCCUUGAAUCUAUCCUACAAUUUAAUAUCGAACUUGUUUGUCAGUGAGACGCAAAGCCCAUUAUUUAUCAAAGUACUGGAUUUAACCAACAAUCAUCUGACAGAGGUCCCUGUGAACUUUCUGAAUGCGGUGUCACCCAGUCUGCGACAACUCCAUCUGUGUCACAAUAUGAUAACACACUUGCACAACACGGCUUUUGGUAACUUGGCUCUUCUCACUAUGUUGGAUAUAAGUAAUAACCAAAUCAAGGGCUUGCACAAAAAGGCGUUCAUCGGUAUCGAACACGUUCAAUACUUGGACAUGUCACACAAUAAUAUUGAACAGCUACAUGUGCAACAGUUUUCUCUAAUAGGGAAGCUGCGUAUAAUAAACCUUUCAUUCAACACCAUCCGUUCUCUACCGAGGGAUACGUUUCUGGGUUCUAAAUUAGAGAAAGUCGACCUUUCAAAUAACAAAUUCGUAGCUAUGCCUUCGGGUGCACUUGCCGAAAUAGGAUACACUUUGAGGCAUCUGGAUAUUUCUUAUAAUUUUAUAGAACAUCUGGACAGCACCAUGUUCGCUGACACACCAUUUUUAACUGUUCUCAACCUGCGUCACAACAAACUGUCCAUUCUUCCUGACAAUGUGUUUUCCACAGUACAGUCGAUAUUAAAAUUAGAUCUUUCCGGUAAUCCAAUAAGGGCAAACUUCAAACACAUUUUUUACCAUACACAAAAACUCAGAGUCUUAAAUUUGGCAGAAACUUUGCUAAAAUCCGUUCCCAUCUUACCUCUCCCUUAUUUACUGGAGUUGAACUUGUCAUCAAAUUUUAUAGCAGAGAUCGAUCCUUUUUCCAUAAAACAGUUGUAUCAAUUGAGAUCACUGGAAAUAAGCAACAAUCUCCUGACAUCCUUGCCUUCACAGACCUGGCACUUCCUCCCCUUCCUCAAACACCUGGACAUUUCUCAUAACCUCAUCAAGAUCCUAACUAAAGACAGUUUCUCUGGGAUGGGUUCCCUGGAGCACCUCAAUAUUGAGAACCUGCCUUUCCUGGAAAGGAUGGAUUCUGGAACACUUUCCAACCAAACGAUGCUGAAGUCCUUGCAAGUGCAAACUUGGCCUCAAAUAGAGAAGUACCGAUUCCGCUUGGCCAGUGUUUUAACAACAAUCCCUUCACUGGAGAAACUGUCUGUCAACAUCCAAGAGGACAUUCUGUCCGACCAACUCCUUGGGGGAUUCAGUCCUCACUUGAAGGAGUUGAGGAUCACUGGUGAGAACCUGACAGCCAUCAAUCCUGAGUCCUUGGAUGGACUGGAGGACAACAGAGGUCUGGUCCUGUCCAUCUCACACACGGCCAUCAACAGUCUGCCGGAACAGUUGAUCACCAAACUGUUGAAGAUCAAACACCUCACGCUGGACCUCAGCCAUAACCAGUUCACCACCUUCAGCAUGGACCAGUUCUACAAACAACCGACCACUUGGGAGAACUACGGAACCAACCUGAUCUCAGGGGGGCUGAUCCUGAACGGAAACCAAUGGAUGUGUGAUGGGUCAUUACUGCGUGUAGCACAAUGGCUGCGCCGCUGGCUAAGGGAGCAAGUGCGUUCCACAGUGCUGGAUGUGCGGCUGCGUGCCGUAGCACAAAUACGCAAAGCCACCUGCCUCACUCCUGACACUGGGCAGCUCAAGAGCAUAUUUGAUCUUCAGCCAGAGGAUGUUUCAGUGUUCGAGAAAAGCUCCAGCCCAUCCAUAAAAAUUACCAAAUACCUGGUUAUAAUUGUGUGUUUUUGUAAUUAUAUUAUCAGAUAGUAUA